UGGUAGAAGAAGGAGAGGAGCCUGGGGGAGGACCAAUCAUGCAGCUACAGUGGAAGCCAACGCAUAUAGAAUAGCAGGAAUGGGGCAACCACUGAUGGGCUGGAGGAAGCGUGGAAAAGCAGAAGAGCAAUCCAGUGCCCUCAUGGCUGUACUGAGAGAACUUCAUGCUCAUAAGAAGAGGCUGAUGGAUCCAAAGAAAGAGAAGGAGGAGGAGGAGGAAGAGGAGGAUGAUGAUGACGAUGACGAUGAUGAUGACGAUGAAGAAGAAGAGGAGGAGGAGGAGGAAGAAGAGGAAGAGGUAGAAGAAGAGGAAGAGGAGGAGGAAGAGGAAGAGGAAGAGGCCACUGAGCCACCCACCAAUCAAACAGAAACCCACAGUAGCUUCACAGAGUCUCCUCUUGGCGAGUGUCAGACCACUGACAUAGAAAUCAGCUGCAGGGGCAUCGGCAUGACUCACCUGCCAAUCAUCCACAACCUGGAGGCCACAAAGCUGGACAUGGCAGAAAACAACAUCAGAAGCCUCGAGCCACAGGUUUUCUCUGGCCUGUCGAAACUUGACACACUGGACCUGAGCAAAAACAAGCUGGACGAUGAGUCUUUCAGUGAAAAGCCCCUGACUAACUUGACCUUUCUGAAAAAACUUAACCUGGAUGGCAACCAGCUCACCAGGAUCCCACCACUGCCGCCGUCUCUCACGGAGCUCAAGAUGAACAGCAACAAGCUCACUGCACUCACACCUGACUGUUUCAAAGGUCUGAGGAACCUGUUGAGUCUGGAGCUGGAGGAAAAUAUUCUUCAUGACGGCAGUGUGUCACCGCUCGCCUUCAGACCUCUAAAGAAGCUCCUGAGUCUCCAGUUGGACAACAACCGCUUUCGUUCGCUCCCUCUGGGCCUUCCUCGCUCUCUUCAGGAGUUGGAUAUGAAUGGAAACCAGAUUGUUGAGGUGUCAGAGGAGCCACUGAGAGGCUGUGUCCAUCUGAAAGUGCUGGACCUGAGUCACAACCUGCUGCAUGAGCAACGGAUUGGUAACAGCGCCUGGAUCCAUGUCAAGUCCCUGGAAACCUUGGACCUGUCCUACAACCAGUUCACCUCUGUCCCUAUGAAUCUGCCUCGUCCUCUCCACAAACUGAACGUCCAACACAACGACAUCAGGCACAUCCCCACCUUUGCAUUCCGCCACCUGCGGCCCGGGCUACGAUCCCUCCAGUUAUCCCACAAUGUAUUGAGCAACGAGGGUAUUGAGCAACUGUCCUUUGUUGGAACCUACCGCUCCCUGGGUGAGCUCCUGUUGGACAACAAUCACCUGCAGGAAGUCCCUCACUGUGUGCGGCGGUUUAAGAACCUGCAGGUGCUCAGACUGGACAACAACCAGAUCAGGCAGGUGAAGCGGUGGGGAGUGUGCCAUCCUCAUAACUCCGGCUCGACCUUGGCUUCGGUCCACUUGGAAAAUAAUCCACUGGAAAUGGAGAAGAUUCCACCAAAUACCUUCUCCUGUCUGAUUCAGGGCCAGGGACUGGUCCUGUAGCUGCAGCAGGAGCACACAUCUGACCACCAGACCACACAGAUACACAAACUAAAAAUAAAUACAUGCAUUAUCAUCAGGGUUUUCGGUCCUUUCCCUCCACUGCUCCUCUCAUUAUAAUCGUUCUAAAAUCAGGAGCUAUUUGCAGAAAAAUCAUGUAGUUUGCUUAGUCAGCAAGAACUCCUUUCAUUUUACCAACACCAAACCCAUCUUUUUCUCUCGCUUCUCAUCUGUGAUUAUGGAAAUAACUGUAAUGUUUUGCUCCAUAUUAAAACCAAUGUGUAAUUUACACAGUCAUUUAACUGAUUAUGUAAAAUUGUCUCGGUUGUAUAAAAGGGAUAAUAGAUUACAGUGGA